AAAUGGACUCCUGAUAAGGAGUUUUUGAAACUCUCCAAGUCUGUAGUAGAUUAUGCUAAAGGCUUACCAUUAGCUCUUAAGGUCUUGGGUUCAUUUCUUUACAAGCGAGGCAUAACUGAGUGGAGAAGUGCAUUAGAUAGACUCAGAGAUACUGGAUAUGAAGAAAUUGUUGAGCAGCUCAGUUUAAGUCUAGAUGGAUUGAACCAUGAAGAGAAGAAUAUAUUCCUGGAUAUUGCAUGCUUCUUUAGAGGAAGAAAGAGAGAUGAUGUGAUAACAAUACUAAACAGUUUUGGCUUCCGAUCAGAGAUUGGAAUACAUGUCCUCAUCCAAAAAUCACUCUUAUAUAUUUCUGAAGGAAUGGUUGAGAAGCAUGAUUUGAUAGAACAAAUGGGUCAGCAAGCAGCGCGCAAUGUUGACCAGGAUAGGCCAUGGAAUCACAGCAGACUAUGGCAUGAACAAGAUAUAAAAAAUGUUUUUUCUGCAAAUCUGAGGACAGAGUCUAUUAAAGGCAUAAUGGUGCCAAUUGGCUCAGACCGUCAUAUAUGCAAGUGGAGCAAAGCUUUCAGAAACAUGCCUUGUCUUAGGCUACUCAUUGUCAAAGGGGAGGAGGCCCGACAUCAUGACCCUAUUUGUGACCCUAUUGAGCAUCUCCCCAGUAACUUGAAAUGGCUUGAUUGGUCAUACUACAGUCUUGCAACUUUACCAGCAAAGUUUGAACCAGGAAACCUUGGUGGGCUCAACAUGACUUUUAGUUCGCUUGUUGAAAUCUUCAAGGAACCAAAGUCAUUUGACAAGUUGACAGUCCUCAAUUUAAGUUUUUCAGGAAGUUUACUCCGAACACCCAAUUUUUGUGAGACUCCAAACCUCCAGAAGAUUAUACUGAAAAGUUGUGUGAGUUUGGUUGAAAUUCAUCCAUCUGUUGGAAAUUUUAAAAAGCUUAUCUUCUUAAAUAUGGAAAAUUGCAAAAAUCUCGAGUCUUUACCAAGUAGUAUUUAA